AUGGAAGAUGUUGAUGUUCAUAUGCCAGGUAUAACCAGUGGUAUUAUUUCAUUCUUUAAGAAUUAUAAAAUUCCAGAUGGAAAACCUGAAGGAAUUUUUGGUCGAGAUGGAAAAUUUUUAAGUGUUGAAGAAUCAAAAGAAAUUAUUUCUGAAAACUAUAAAAGUUAUUUAAAGUUGAUUGAAAAUGGACAUAAAGAUUUUUCAUUAAAAACAUCUGAUGAAUCAAAAUUAAGUUUAAAAAAUGAAGAGUGUAAAGAUGCAAAUGUACCUGAUUAUGUUUCAUCUUUCUAUUUUAUUUAA